ACAUACGUAUUAUGAAAACGCGCUCGGCAGGGUGCCCGAUGUUCGCGUUACAAGUUCGAGGAUAACCUAUACGCGUGCACGCGUAUGCAUACGCGCGCAGCAUAUGCCUCGCACGCGCAUGUCAAGUGGGAUCAACGUUCAGAGAGGGAGGAGACGCGACACCGCCACACUGCGAGCAUCGAAUCGUCGAACGUUUUGGUGGAAAGAUGGCUGGAAACAUGUUUGGGAUAGAACCGGAACUUUUCCGAACUUUUGGCUUUUGGAGCUCCGUAGUUUGUUUAAAAAUGGUAGCAGUGGUGCUGAUGACCGUCCGUCACAGAUUUCAAAAGAAGAUAUUUGUCAAUCCCGACGAUACCGCUCUCAUGAAGGGGUCAAAAGUGCUUCACAACGAUCCAGAUAUCGAACGUGUGCGCAGAUGUCAUUUGAACGAUCUAGAGAACAUUCCACUUUGGUUCAUAGUAACCUCUCUCUGGUUAACCACAGGCCCUCCCUCGUGGUUGGCUACAAUUUUAAUUCGGACCUUCGUUAUUUCUAGAAUAGUGCAUACGUUGUCGUACGCCGUUUGGCUGAGGCAACCGUAUCGCGCGAUCUCUUUCUUAACAGGAUUCUUUACCACGAUAUUCCAAGCGAUCAGUACGUUGAUCUAUUACUGGUAAAUUAUAUUGUACAGCGAAUAGGACAUAGUUUUUACGCAUGUAAUUUGUUAUUCGUCGAUCCGUUAGGAUAUUGGGAUAUUAUUGGGAUAUAUUAUCCUUCGAUGGGUCAAUUUUGUCAACGAACGCGAUAGCUUUUUAUUUUGUUAUCGUAUACGGGUCGAGUACCGCGCGCGUUCGUCUCUUUAACAACUUCCAUUCUUAUAAAAGGUUAUAUCGUAGGGCUUGUUAUUACCGAAUUUUUAAUAAACAUAUUUCUAUAAUAUUUCG